AUGGCCCUUAUUAUUAUUCUUCUGGGCCUGCUCCUCGGCGGUAUCUGUUGCCUCGAGGGCAUGGCGUUGAGCCCUAUGAGUGAUGACUAUGUGUCCCAAGUUCAACAAAUCGGCACAUGGGAACAGACUCCGUCGUAUGCCCCCACCCCAGGUUUCUUCGAUCGUGAACGUACGCUAUCCGUAUUUAGCUUUUCUUCCAACCAUGUACCUGAAGGACGUUCGUCACCCUUGCGUCAACGCCCGUCCAAUCAACUGGAUUUUCUCGAGGUAGACGAACGGGGAGGUAGACAAGCAAAUGAUGAACAAUCACCGAGCUACAUUCGUUAUCUGAUCGAGUGGAAGGUGACCCUAAAUAAUCGGGUGGUGAAGAAAGAUACCGAACAAGACCUGGUUCUGAAACCUGGUUCGUACUGGGAGCAAAUAACACAAAAUGCCGAAAAGGCUCUGCAACGAAAGGUCAAGCGUAACCAACGGAUCAUAUCCGAUGAUACUGAAAUAAUUGUGUCUGUUAAUGACCGCUCGCAAGAUGACCUUACCAAAACUUUCGACGGCACUGAUGUUGAUUGGACAAUCAUAGAAAAUCAGCUCCUAAUGUGGAGCAAUCUAUUACGUGUGGGCAAAAGACUCAAGCUUCGUAUCUCCAUUAACUAUAUAGAGGACACCGAUCUCCGGCCACUCACGGGAAGUACCGAUAAGAGAGGAAAGUCAUCGGUCACUAGGAGAAUGCUUUCAGAGCGGGAUACUCGCAUGGAUGCCGAGCGUGCCUCCGGGGCACACAUGGUUUGGCGCGAUGUGUAUAGAAUAAUGCGCUAUCCUGGCCGACCAUGCCGCAACAAUGGGCAAUAUUGCUGGCAAGACCCUGUCGGAAAAAAGCACUAUAAGCUCAAAACCCAUCACCUGACAAGUCUAAUCAAGUUUGUUGAGAGAGGUGGAACACUGGAGAACCAUGAUGAUAUUCCUCAUGAUCUUCGUCAAGAAAUGUAUGCAGAAGAGGAACAGCGCCAUAAAAAGCAAAAGAAAGAGUGCCCCCAAUCCGUGGUAGGAUCAACAUGUCCUCCAAUCAACAUUAACCUCAACCCGGCACAACCAACACAUCCAUUCUUGACCAGUUCUGAUGUUGCAACAUCAACCGUCUGCCCCGACCCUAUUGAUAUCUCCGGCCCGCUUGAUAUAGCUGUCGAGGAAUACAUUUCCUGGCAGGAAUCCCGUGUGAGCCGCACAGCUUUCAAAGCAGAAAUUGCUAAAGCAGGCAACGUGGCACUAGAGAACUGUCUGGAUCUUAGACAGAUUGACAAAGACCAAGACUUCGAGUUUUUUGUUAAGGAGGGCGUAAAAGUUGGCGCUGCACGCAGGUUCGUCAGCGAAAUAAGGUGUUGGCUCAGUGAGCGGCAAAGGAGAAACGACUCGGAGGAAAGCUUAGACAGUUUCUCAUUGUCGGCAUAG